UAUUAUUGUAAACUUUCUCUUCAUAUUUACUGUCCUGAUCAAUCAUUUCGAUAUUUCUGAUUCCCUAUCAGGCGAAUCAUUGUCGAUCUGCACUUUUGCUUAUAAAAUUUGAUACCGAUAUCCACUGACAGUUACUUAAGUCGGCAAGUGCAAAGUGGAAUAAGUCAAUAUUAUUGGAAAAAGAUGGCCAACAGUUAAUCAGCACGAAAAAAUAAAGUAUUGACACUGAAGCGGAAGAGCUAGGUCUGGUGAUAGCUAUAAGGUACGGCUCUACCGGCUAAUCGGAAUUCUAGGAAAAAGAAGCUAAGUAUUGCUUCUUGGCCUACUCUGUAUGCCACGCGACCUCAGAAGGGUUCCUUGAACGAACACAUUUCAUAACUAUUCGCUAGCUGGGAGCUGCUGCCAAUGCAUUAGUCCCACAAUAGUCCACGAACGGGAACGGGAACGUAUUUUUAGUAAAGUAAUUUGAAAGACGGACGUUCAAAACACGACGGGAACGCAAAGCUUGGCGAGAACGAGAAAGAUGGCAAACAUUUAUUUUCGCUCGGGAAUCGGAAGCCUCUCAACCGAUGAAAGUGCAGCAAAUGGCGGCGAUGUUUUGUAGCUGAUCAACCUUGCGGUCUGCGCGCGUCACUGGUCUGGAGCGGAGUUGACACUGGUGCAUUAUUGAGUAUAUACAAUCACAACAGACAGAUGGCAAAAGAAAAAGGGAACAGAGCUGCGUAGCUACAAGUGCAUUGGUUUCGGCGAACCUUUUGAAGUUCCCUUUUUUGCCGCAACAGGUUCAUAGCGCUAUUCUUCUUCCCGUUGGCACUUAUUGUGAAGCGCACGGAUCUUGCGUUCCGAUUAAUGGGCUGUUGUGGAGUGACCUUCAGUUUUCCCGCAGCGGCAGGCGACAAGAUCACAAAUCUCCUCGCAUGGUCCCACCCGAGCAGCGGAAGAGAGAAUCGUGCGACACAGCGCCCAGCACACAGAGUUCUAAGGAUGGUACGGAAGUGGGGGGUGUUAUUUUGGAAAGUCUCUAAGAUUUUUCAUUACGUAGAAUAUUUACAGUUUAAAAGCAAUAUAAUGAAUUAUAUAUUAAAACAUAAACGAAUGCCUUACUAGAAGCAAUAUGCGACUUAUUAGAACCAGUACUGUAAUAUCAUUUCCUUUCUUCUAUACGAUAGCAGUUUUGAAAAUGACAAGUCUUACUAUAUACAGUAUUUUAUACAAUGGUAUAUAAUACAGCGAAUUCGUGUUGAAACAGU